UUGAAAGCUUUUGUACGCAAGCGCAGCUUAGCUAGUCUUCUUCCCCCGCCCCGCGUCUCACUGUCCAUGUUCUUUGUUCUGGCAACAGAGAGAGUGGUUGCUGUGUUGGUGUAGCCGCGGCUGGAAUAAUGGGGCUCGGGUCGAAUUGUUCUGUGCGAACUGAAUGGGUUGUAGCAGUCUCUCUUGCUGCUGGAGCAGCAGCUGUUGGGUAUCUUGCUUACAAAAAACUUCUUCAUAAGGACAAAUGCUGCAAGGCAAUGGUAAAUCUCCAUAUCCAGAAAGACAAUCCUAAGGUAGUUCAUGCAUUUGAUAUGGAAGAUUUGGGAGAUAAAGCUGUGUACUGCCGAUGUUGGAGGUCAAAUAAGUUCCCGUUUUGUGAUGGAUCUCACACAAAGCAUAAUGAUGAAACAGGAGACAACGUUGGGCCCCUGAUUAUCAAGAGAAAAGAUGCAUAAACAGUAAAUGAUUUGGAUACCAUGAAACAUGACCUUGUCACAGUGCUUCUGCUCACCUGUACUUCGUGUAAAACAGAGGUCUUGAGUCAUUUCACUGAAAUUUUUUUAGGUGUGGUAUACAGUAUGCUGCAACAUAUGUAAUUCAUGGUGUUUGCCUUGCUGAAACACUACAUUGUAUAUGUUAGGAAUGAAUAUCUGUGGCUUGAUUUUUUUUUUUGUAAAGUGUACAUUCUCAUGAAGUGUAAAAAACCAAACCCUUAGAAUGUACUCUGAAUUCUGUAUUGAAAAUGAUACAUUAAAUUAUUUUCAAAUAUG